GCCAGAGAGCAGCGGAGGUGACACCGGAGCGCCAUGUCACCGGCUGACAGCAGCACUCUGCCGGGAUGUACGAGGGGAGUUUAACCGCAGCAGCAGGGCUGUGACCACCACACUAACAGAUUGGUGACAAAAUGAUCUGUGUGCUGAUGUAAGGGUGGAACCACUUCCUCUCUUGUUGGUGUCUCCGAACAGACUAGUGAGACCAAACUUGGCCCUCUGCAGUCAUGAUGUCCAAGUCCGCCCUCCUGAAGGUGAUCCUUCUGGGUGACGGUGGUGUCGGGAAAUCAUCGCUCAUGAACCGCUACGUCACCAACAAGUUUGACUCGCACCUCUUCCACACCAUAGGUGUGGAGUUCCUCAACAAAGAGCUGGAGGUGGACGGCCACCACGUCACCCUGCAGAUCUGGGACACAGCGGGUCAGGAGCGUUUCCGCAGCCUCCGCACACCUUUCUAUCGUGGCUCCGACUGCUGCCUGCUCACCUUUAGUGUUGAUGACGGACAAAGCUUCAGCAACCUCAUCAACUGGAAGAAGGAGUUUGCUUAUUACGCUGACGUCAAGGACCCUGACAACUUCCCCUUCGUGGUGCUGGGCAACAAACUGGAUGUGCCCGAGCGGCAGGUGUCAGGGGAGGAUGCCCGGCAGUGGUGCCGUGAGAACGGCGGCCACCCAUACUUUGAGACAAGCGCCAAGGAUGCUACAAAUGUAGCGUCGGCCUUUGAGGAGGCGGUACGACGCAUUCUGGCGUUGGACGACAGAGCUGACCACCUUAUCCACACCAACACAGUGGACCUGCAGAAGAAGAGUAACCCUGACCCCACCUGCUGCUGAGCUAAAGGUGACUCGCAGCUCAUGUGAUGCUCCUGCAGUCACCGCAGACAAUAUGUGUGGUUUGUGACUCUGUGGAAAGAGGAACUUGUGUUUAGCUACUGUAUGUGAUGCCCUCAGAUGAACCUGUGAGCAGGAUCCACAUUUGUGAUAUUUUUUUAGACUAAAAUGACAAUAUUUAGUGCUAAUAUUCCGCAUUUUCAGCACAGAAGGGACCCAAAACCCACCAUCUCCCAACUCUGAGCCAGACUGGGCCUUCUCAGGAAUGUGAUUAAUAAUUUAAACCAACUAUUAAUGAUUAGUUAAUAGAAUAUUUCUGAUACACAUUUAUAGAUGUAUUUGUGGUCAGUGAUGAACCUCAGUUGUGUUAGAGGUCAUUGUAACUAGCUGAUACCUGAAAUUUAAAGGCCUUUAGGGAGUGACUGUGACUUGGGUUCCUGUGAUAAAAGCUAAAUUAUGUCACCUCUGAACAGUUCUCUAAACAUAAAACUGCCAAAGGUUAAAAAGCAGAUUUGGCGUCACUGUUGAAGCUGUGGCUACGAGUGUGAGACCACAAAAAGAGAAGUUCUGAGGUUAUUUCUGCCCCUAGAAGCAGAUACAACCACCUUUACAGCUAAAUCAUUGUGAUUUAGUACUGAUUGUCCUUAAUCAACCCAGUUAACCUACCAUAAGGCAGGACUGCAACCUGCUGACACCCUUAGAAAGCAACUCAAUUUAAGUUAUCGGUGUCUUAAUUGUUGUAGUUCUCAUUAUUGUUUGCAUAAAACGUGUCAUAUUUGAAGUUAUGCGUACAGUGUAAAGUGUACAUGACGAAUCAAAUUGAAGGUAGAAACCACUGUCUUUCUGGUAAAUAACUAAUGAGAUUACUUUGGUGCUGAUUUUAUAGAGUUAAUCACAUGAUCAACUAGAUUUAAUAGUUAAAAAAGUUCAGAUAAAAGAUCCUUUCUGUUCUGUUUGGAUGAUAGUGCCAAAAAAGAUCUUACAAACGUUGCUGAUUAAAAUGAUCUUGACUUUUGGUUACACCAGUGAUGCCAUGAUGGAAUUUAGUGUGUCUCGUAGUUGUUGCUAGAAUUAUUAGCCCCUCCUCUCACGAUGAAAAGCUGAGCACGCUGCUGAACCUGAAACUUUUGUUGUAAGACUCAAAUGACUCCCACCAUAUUUUUUACAUUUGAAAUAAAACAGUAGCCAGCAGCAGAGAAAAA